UGCGAAUACAGAUGUGCAAAAUGAAGAGAAAAAAGUAGCAAGCUCCAAAAAGUCAAAGACUAGCAUUAGCUAGAGUCGAAUCCCAGCAAAAGUAACGGUUCAAAAUUAUGCGAAAAACAAAAAAUCUAUAAAUCAAAAGUAGAGCAGUCAGUAGCCAUCGUUGUUGGUGUAACAAAAGUGUGUGCGGGGUGGUGGUGGUGCGGUGCCAGAGCAGGUAUGGAAACUUCGGCAGCAGUUGCGAUCACGGGCGUCGGCUGUUUUGGUACUGAGACUGCAAAUACGGAUUUGGAGCACAACAACCAAAUAGCGGUGACAAAGACUGCGAUGCGUCGCGUCGGCGGUGCCGAUGCGGAUAACGAUGAUGGAGACGACGACGAUGAAGAUGACGAUGAUGACAAUGAUGGCAAGGAAGCUUUUUAUGAGGCUAGAAAUGGAACGGAGGGCGAUGAACUGGAAUUGGCAUUCCAAAGUGCGCUGACAUUGGCGAAUGACGUCAGAGUCAAUGUCAACAUUGAGCCAGAGCUGAGCAGCAUGGUUGAACAGCAUCAGCAUAAGAGCACGGAGGAUUUGCAAGAGCUGGACGCCAUGGGUGCCUGCGCACUGCCACCAAAUGUGACACCAAACGAAUUCGCCCAAUUAGCUGUAGAAACUAAGGCAAAUGACCAUGGUAAUGGGGAUGGGGAAGAAGAUGGUGAUGCGAGUGCAUCCGUCGUGAUGCGUAGGAAACGCAACAAAACUCUAAAAGACUUGAAUAAAAUCAACGAAACGCCUUUACUUGCCUCUGACAGUGCUGCCCAGAACACGCAGCAACCUCAAUCUCAACCUCAAACGCAGCUGGAGCAGCAGCAACAGUUGCAGUUGGAGACAAAGCAGCGUCACCAAACGCUGCUCUCGACCAAAUCGUGUGAGACGCCUGCAACGUCGACACUCUCGCCUACAAAUUCCUACAAUGGCAGCAUCGGCAGCGAUGGGAGCAGCAGUGUGGGCGGCGGCGCUCGUCGAAAAUCAUGGACAUUGUCGCCACAGAGUGGUGGUUCAACGCCGUUGAGCGGUGCCAAGAAGAAAAUCAAAACCAUACAGCCUGUGGCCACAACGAAUCUAAAAUCGCCCACAACCAAUGCCGCAUUUUCUGCCAGUGGAAGUAGCUCUGGCACUGUGAUGGGAACUGGGACUGGCAGUGGACCAGAUACCUUUAAUUUAUGGGUAGCACGUGAAUGCUUUGAAACAGUACCCGCUGAAAUGGUGUACGAAGUGCCGCUCACAGAUACGCUUACCGUUGAGGAAGAGGAUGAGGAGGCGGCUGCCGUUGAAAGUUUGCUCGGUGCAGCAGUAGCCCUGCAAGCUGGUCAUGUGCUGGCCACCAAUUCAACACCUCAACACGCCGCCGGCGUCCAGCGUCGCCAAAAGCAUUUGCGCCAACCACAGCAUCGUCCAUUGGAACGCUCGUGGCCGCCGCGAGCAAUGGGCCGUGACUUCAAGCUGCAGGGCGAUGUCUUCAAGUUCGACAUUUUGGAUACGGAUGAGCGUCUGGAUGACUACAGUUACAGUGGCAGUGCCAGCUGUACCAGCAGCAAUAAUAACUCGCCAUUGCGUCUGGUCAGCAAUGAGGCUAGUCCGCCGAUGUCUGCGGGAACGCCGCCGCCCAUGCGUUUUAAGCCUCUGAUCAAAAAGAAAAUCGGACCGGAUAGCUACAUUAAUACGAUUAGUACGAAGAAGGUGCCUGCCACGGAGAGCUAUGAGUUUCCCACGUUUCCGCUGAAGGAAACUAUUAGUGGUGGUGGCCAUGAAGCGUGUGCUUCGAAUGGCAUUGCGUCAGCAGUUGUCUCAGGAGGCUCUGGAAACUCCCACCAGUUUCCGUAUUUGCGACAACAUCGACCGUUAACGCGUGCACUUUCCAAUGGUAAAGGAGGAGCAGGCGGGGUGGCGGUAGCUUCCGAGGAGACAAUAGCGGCCAGCUCUUCGCCACGGCUUCUGCUCUCACCGAAGCGGCAACGCAGUCCACCGUCCGGUUGCUCGACGCGCAGUGCCUCACCUCUAGAUUUAAAUCUCAGUCCGGACCAGCAUUCACCCACGCGAGGCCGUGGCGUGGGCGGUGGUGGUGCUCCUGGAGCUGCUUCUUCUGAUGCAGUGGCUGUGCCACCUGGGACGCCCACUUACCAUGCUGCGCGACCACAGCAACGACUGCUGAAGCGCGUUGGCGGCGGUAUCGGCGCUAGCGCGAUGGGCGGGGCUGGUCUUAUCUGCCCGCCCACACCCACACAUCAUGCCCGACGCCAUGCGCGUCUCCAAGCCGUCACUGCCAACUCUGCCGAGAACUUUAUGCGCGGCCCAUCAGCUGAGCCGCACUCUAGUCAAUUCGAGUACAACUAUCUGCAGCAGCCGUGCGCUGGUGCGUCAGCUGUCGCUACCGGCGCGACAGCAGAGCAACAUAUACGCACUGCCGACAUUGUGCAGCUCGGUGGUGCAGGAGGUGCCGAGCCGGGCGACCAUGUGGCUGAGGAUAACGAUAUGGUUCAUAUAACAAGUACACGAUUGCCCUCGAUACCCGAACGUAGUGCCGCAGCAGCGGCGGCGGCUGCUGCUGCAGCUGCUGGCGCAGAUCUGUCUCUGAUGAGCACCACAAAUGCUGAGCCACCGUUGCCGCCUGCGUGGGAAGCACGCAUGGAUAGCCAUGGACGUAUUUUCUACAUCGAUCAUACUACACGCACCACUUCAUGGCAGCGGCCGGGCAGUAAUGGUGCGACCCAAAUUUCAGGACCCGCGGGACGCGAACAGCACCAUAGACAGCAGCUGGAUCGACGCUAUCAGUCCAUACGUCGCACCAUUACCAAUGAAAAUCGGUUGUCCUUGCCAACUGGUGCGGGUGGUGCAGCCAGCGGUGCUACCGGUGAGGUGUCAAGCAAUGGGCACACAGCCAUUAGCGCUGUGGCCAAUCCACAGAGAUACAAUAUGCCACAUGCGUUGAGUGGUGGUGGUGGUGGCGGCUCGCCGGCUCGUGUAUCCGGCACCCAAUCCUCGCAGACAACGCUAGCCAUACAUCCGGCGGUGCUAAUGCUGUGCCGUCCGGACUUCUAUUCGCUUCUGCACACCAAUGAGGCGGCACUGGCCAUUUAUAAUCGCAAUGCGGCACUCAAACACAUGGUUAUUCGAAUACGUCGCGAUCCGCAGUGCUUUCAACGCUAUCAAUAUAACAAGGAUCUGGUGGCGCUGGUCAAUACCUUUGCUCAGUUGGGCCGAGAACUGCCCUCGUGCUGGGAGACGAAGUUGGACCAGUCGGGAAAGCAGUUCUUCAUCGAUCAUCAGCAUCGCAAGACAUCGUUCAUGGAUCCGCGACUGCCUGUAGAUUGUCCGCGGGUGGUGCGUCAUCGUCAGCAGCAACAAUACUUCCAGCAGCAACAGCAGCCAAUGCAACAUCCAGGAUCAUCCGGUCAUCCGGAUCUAGUCGAUGGCAAUUGCUUGUCAGCAACGGCCGGGCACAUCAAUUCCUCAGCCUCGUCGUCGUCGGGGGCGUCGUCCACGUUGGGUUCACUGUCGGGUGUGCCGCCGUUGCCACCACCGCGACCAACGAGCAGUGGUGUGAGCAGUCGCAGCAGUGUUGCCGGUCAGGCUGCACACAACUGUACCACUGCAGCGGCCAUUGCGUGCGCAUUAAGCCUAAGUGCAGGGGCGGUGGGCGGAGCCACUGCUGCGGGUUACGAGGAAGUACCCGUGGCCUACAACGAGAAGGUUAUUGCAUUUCUACGUCAACCAAAUAUUCUGGAGAUAUUGCGCGAACGCCAGGGCCAGAAUACAGUGUCCCGUUCGCUGCGAGAGAAAAUCAAUAUUCUGCGUGUUGAGGGCGUGCCCGCCUUAGAGCGUCUGGGUCAUGACCUACAAUUGACCAUUUUGCUGAGCCUGUUCGAGCAGGAGAUUAUGAGCUAUGUUCCUAUUGAAGAGCGCAGUCCGCAGGGCUCUCCGGUGCUCAGUUCGCGAAUGCCACAGCGUGCUCCGCCGCCAUUCCGGCGUGACUUCGAGGCCAAGCUGCGCUGUUUCUACCGCAAGUUGGAAUCCAAAGGCUAUGGACAAGGACCUCACAAGCUAAAGCUUCAUAUACGUCGCAGCCAUUUGUUGGAGGAUGCCUUUCGCCGCAUUAUGUCGGCAAAUAAGAAAGACUUGCAGCGUGGACGAUUGGCCGUGCUUUGGGACACGGAAGAGGGUCUGGACUAUGGCGGCCCCUCGCGCGAAUUCUUCUUCCUGUUGUCCCGCGAGCUGUUCAAUCCGUAUUACGGACUGUUCGAGUACUCGGCCAAUGACACGUACACCGUUCAGGUGUCGCCGCUGUCUGCCUUUGUGGAUAACUGCCACGACUGGUUCCGGUUCAGUGGCCGGGUACUGGGGCUGGCACUGGUCCACCAGUAUUUGCUGGACGCGUUCUUCACACGACCCUUUUACAAGGCCCUGUUGCGUCUGCCUGUGGCGCUCAGUGAUCUCGAGUCGCUCGACAAUGAGUUUCAUCAGUCGCUGCAAUGGAUACGCGACAAUGAUAUUGGCACGGGCAUUGAUUUGGGUCUAACGUUCUGCGUCACUGAGGAGCUGCUCGGCCGUGUGGUGGAGCGGGAGCUGAAGCCGGGUGGCAAGAAUGUCAUUGUGAAUGAGAAGAACAAGAAGGAGUAUUUGGAGCGCAUGAUCAAGUGGCGGCUAGAGCGUGGUGUGCAGGAGCAGACGGAAUCUCUGGUGCGUGGUUUCUACGAGGUGGUCGAUUCGCGCCUGGUCUCCGUUUUCGACGCCCGCGAGUUGGAGUUGGUGAUAGCGGGUACGGCCGAAAUUGAUACGAACGACUGGCGCCUGAACACCGAAUAUCGUUCCGGCUACCACGACAACCAUCAGGUGAUCAUUUGGUUCUGGCAGGUGAUCGAGAAGUUUACCAAUGAGCAGCGGCUGCGACUGCUGCAAUUCGUCACCGGAACCUCAAGUAUUCCGUAUGAGGGCUUCUCGGCUCUGCGUGGCUCAACGGGCCCGCGUCGCUUCUGCAUUGAGAAGUGGGGGAAGCCCAAUGCCCUGCCUCGCGCACACACCUGCUUCAAUCGCUUAGACCUGCCGCCCUAUCCCACACCCGAACUGCUCUACGAGAAGUUGCUGCUCGCCGUCGAGGAAACCAACACGUUUGGCAUUGAGUAGAGCGGAGGACUGAAAGCCGUUUGGGGAAUCCCUGACUAGCGCCACCUAGUGUACGUAUUCGAUUCGUGAUAUUUAUAGUUUUUUUUCUUUUUUGUUUGUUGCUGAUGUUGCAUUUGCAGCAAUGUUGUUUCCAUGCGCUUAAUUUUUACAAGCAUGCGUGUGCAUGUCUAUGAUCCACAAAUAUACAGGCAUAGACACGUGCAUAUGUAUGCAUUUUACAUACAUAGAUAAUUACCUACAAUUAUGCCUGUUAGUACUUCAAUGCGUAAUGCUUACAAAACCUUCUAAUCUAAGCAUUCAUACUAUGCCUACCUAUGUACGUACAUACUCCUAUGUAUGUAUGUAUGUAUGUAUGUAUAUGUAGUUAGUCGACAUUUGCCGCUUUGGUUUGCCGUUAAACGUUAAUUACCGUUACCUCAGAACAAUGCAGUCAUUAGUCUUAAGUUCAAAUACACCAUCACUAGCACUCGCACUAUCCCAGCCACCCAGCUCCCGAAACUGACAAACUGAAUGAGCUUUCAGCCAAACUAACUCAUCAAUGACAUACUACACACUAUAUAUGUAUGUAUGUAGUAGUCUGUAUUGCUACCCUAACUUAAUAGUUUAAUAAUAAUAAUAAUAAUAAUAAUAAUAAUAAAGAAAAACGAUGCCAAUUGUUGUUUAUGGUACAACUGCCUAAAAGACGAAUGGGGAGCACCAUAACUUAACCUUAAAAUCAAACGAACAUACAUACAUACAUAUGUAUGUAUGCAUGUAUGUACAUACAUACCUUUAUGUAUUCUAUUGUGUGUAUGUACGAGUAGUAUGCUGAAAAGGAAAAACUAAACUCAAAUCAAAUCAAAAGCAACAAGAAAACAAAAUUUACAAACUUUUGCCACAAAGCUGACUGCUAUGACACGCCACUUUGAGCGCCCGUAGUUUACUGAUCUGAAACUCUCUUAGCAUUCCAAAAUAGUGCAUAAAAGAUAAGCAAAAAGCAGACCCUUAACUCUCCUCUACGCUGAUACUUAAAAUAGCAAGUAAUUAUAUUAUUAUAUUAGCAUUAAACGCGAUUAAUAACGAAUCCAUUAUAUACGUAUGUAUGUACGUACGUUCAUAUGAGUGUAUGUAAGUAUUUACAUAUGUAUAUUAGAUGUGUGCGAUUCG